GUGCAUACUUGCUAGUGUUAAUAAGAUUACCAAAAAUAAGUUUGUACGACUAACCAGGACAUACAAACCAUUCGCCCUAUUGACGGCAUCUCUCACAACUCGGCUAUCAACUGCUGAGCCCUCUUGAUUACACACUCCAAUCAUAUUUAUUGACAGGAAAUCUUUUGCGGUUUCUAUAACGUAGGCAAAAUUCAUGUUUUGAUUAUCCACUCACGAAGUUUUAACUUUUUAUGGAUAGCCCCAAGACUCAAGCUGUUCCAAAUUCAUAAUCAACCCUUGUCAGCCUAUCAUCUCUUUAUCAAGAAUCCUCUUUUUUCACUUGAUCCAACAACAAAAUAUUCCACUUUUUUUCUCACAAAGCUCCAAAACUUUACAGAAUUUCGUACCUUUCUCUUUAUUAAUUCCAUAUAUAGAUCGACAAGUGAACUGAAGAGAAAAUACAACUUUUUCUGCAUAAUCAAUGGCGAGACACGAGGAGCUUCCAGUUCCCAUUUUCAAAUCCCUCGAACCCGUUUAUGGAACCGGGUCGCUGCUUGAAGAGGCGGAGCUUCGAUUCAACAAAUUGAAAUCGAAAUUCAUUGAGUUCUUCGGUCAUGCCCCUGAUAUCUACGCCCGAUCUCCAGGGAGGGUGAAUUUGAUUGGAGAGCACAUAGACUAUGAAGGUUACUCUGUGUUGCCAAUGGCGAUCAGACAGGAUACUAUAGUCGCCAUACGAAAAGUUAGAGGAGAUAAAGUUCUUAAGAUUGCAAAUGUGAAUAAUGAGAAAUAUUCUUUAUGUACUUACCCUGCUGAUCCAGAUCAGGAAAUUGACUUGAAGAACCACAGAUGGGGUCACUAUUUUAUUUGUGGGUACAAAGGCUUCUAUGAGUAUGCAAAAUCCGAGGGUAUAGACAUUGGCGAAACAGUUGGACUUGAGGUUGUUGUUGAUGGUGUUGUACCAACUGGAUCUGGGUUGUCGAGCUCUGCUGCAUUUGUUUGCUCUUCCACAAUUGCUAUAAUGGCAGUUUUAGGCGCAAGUGUUCCCAAGAAAGAACUUGCUCAGCUUACUUGCGAAUGUGAAAGACACAUCGGGACUCAAUCGGGUGGAAUGGACCAGGCAAUAUCAGUUAUGGCUCAAUCGAGAUUCGCAGCACUUAUAGACUUCAACCCUAUUCGUGCUACCGAAGUUCAGCUCCCUAUAGGCGGCUCGUUUGUUAUUGCACACUCAUUGGCCGAGUCUCAGAAAGCAGUUACAGCCGCAACUAACUACAACAAUCGGGUUGUCGAGUGUCGUUUAGCUUCUAUUGUAUUGGGGAUAAAACUCGGGAUGAGUGCCCAAGAGGCAAUAGCUAACGUGAAGACGCUUUCAGAUGUUGAGGGACUUUGUGUGUCGUUUGCGGGUACACGUGGGUCGUCUGAUCCGAUUCUUGCUGUCAAGAAGCGGAAUUUUAGAGCUGCUCAUGUAUACUCAGAAGCUAAACGGGUCUAUGCUUUCAAAGAAGUUGUAUCGUCAAAGACGAGUGAGGAUGAAACACUUAAGAAGCUUGGUGACCUCAUGAACGAGAGCCACCAUAGCUGCAGCGUGUUGUACGAGUGCAGCUGCCCUGAAUUAGAAGAGCUUGUGAAGGUUUGUCGUGAUAAUGGUGCCUUUGGGGCGAGGCUUACUGGGGCCGGUUGGGGUGGUUGUGUGGUUGCCCUCGUGAAGGAAAAUAUUGUUCCCAAAUUUAUCCUUAAUUUGAAGGAGCAAUUUUACCAAUCAAGAAUCGACAAAGGGGUGAUAAAGAAAAACGAUCUCGGGCUCUAUGUUUUUGCAUCCAAGCCAUCGAGUGGUGCUGCCAUCAUCGAUUUCUAGCUGCCUGACUGCAUUUGUUCGAUAAGAACAGCUCUUUUCACGUUCUUCGGCUUCUUGGUCGAUAUGGAUGUACCUUGGUUUUCUCUUCAUAUUUUCUUAAUUAGAGGUAAAUUUCUUUCUGAUUUAUGGGGAAGUUUGUCCAUGGAACAUACUUCAAAUGCAGGAAGCAUAGUUUUGCAUAUCCUGUUUCAGUUGGGCAAUACCAAUUAAAUUGAAUGUAAUUUCAACAUUUUUUUCAAAUUGUUUUUU